GAAAAACAUUAUUUAAAGUAAUUAUAAAAAAUAAAAUAAAAUAAAUCCCAACAAUUCAUUUAAUUCAAGAUCAAUUCGAAGUUGUAUCCAAUCAGAGCACUGUAAAAGCGGCUUUUUCUGAGCAGUGAGUGGGUAUUUCCUAACAAACCAAACAAAAAGGCGGGGAGCAAGAACGCAAGAACACGAGAAAUUAAUCAGGCCAACCCUAAAACUGUUUGCCUUUUUACGGAUCCCAAAUUCCUAAUUUUAUAUUCAAAUCCGAAAACCCAUUUGUCUCCAUCUCUCUAUCUGUCACUCACACUUAAUUUGAUAAUGUUAAUACUCAGUUUCACACACUUUGAUGAUCAAUCCUCCAUAGAUAACGACACCUAAUCCGUGAGUUCUUUCUGUCUUGUAGUUACUUUCAAUCUUCUUGGUGAAUUUCCCUUUUUUCUUAUCUUACACGACAUUAUUUCCCUUUAUCAUUACUUUUACUUCCCACAAAGUAAUCAAGCUUCUGUAAAUUCUUGUGUAUCUCGUUUUUCUACUUCGAUCUUUACUAUUUUCACAACUGUAUUCCAUUUCGCUUUCGCUUUCUUUUUCGAUUGUCUAUGUAUGAUUCGGUUGUUGAUGCUCAUUCACUCAUUGUUAGAAUUUCCAUUAACAGUUAUUGCCUUUCACGAGACUUAAUCGCCUAUCCCAUUCGUUAUUGAUUGUCUUUUAAGUAGUUACAGGUUAGGUAUUUCAAUCGAAUUCAAUAUAUGGGGUCUUUCGAUUUCUGAUGAUAACUUAUCGCAUCUGCUGAUAUUUCUUCAACAAAAUGAAAUCAUUCACGUUGUUGAAGAUGCUAUCUGUUUUCCUUUUCGUUUUCCUUUUGUUUUCUGAUUCUGUUGUUAGUAAGGAAUGUACUAACACUCCAACCGAGCUCUCAUCCCAUACUUUCCGAUACCAAUUCCUGAAUUCGAAAAACAAAACAUGGAAACAACAAGUGUUAUCGUCUCACAAUCACAACCAUUUAACCCCGACUGAUGAAUCCGCUUGGGCAAGUUUACUCCCUAGGAAAGUCCUGAAACAGGAAGAUGAAUUCGCGUGGAUGAUGACUUAUAGACAGAUGAAAAAUCAAAAUCAAGGAGGUAAGAAGUCUGAUUUUAAUGGGAAUUUCUUAAAUGAAGUUCCCUUAGGUGAUGUCAGACUAGACCCUGAUUCAAUCCAUGGUCAAGCUCAACAAACCAAUUUGAAAUACUUGUUAAUGCUCGAUGUCGAUAGUCUAGUUUGGAGCUUUAGAAAAAACGCCGGUUUACCCACUCCGGGCACCGCCUACGGCGGUUGGGAAUCCCCAAAUCAAGAACUUCGCGGUCAUUUCGUAGGGCAUUACAUGAGUGCCACAGCUCAAAUGUGGGCUAGCACUGGUGAUGAAACUCUGAAAAACAAGAUGACUGCAGUCGUAUCUGCACUCGGUGAAUGUCAGGAAAAGAUGAACACCGGUUACCUUUCUGCUUUUCCAUCUGAGUUUUUUGAUCGAUUUGAAGCUAUACAACCAGUCUGGGCUCCGUAUUACACCAUUCACAAGAUAAUGGCGGGUUUAGUCGAUCAGUAUCUUUUAGCUGGCAACAAUCAAGCUCUAAAAAUGGUGACAAAAAUGGCGGACUAUUUCUACAAACGCGUACAAAAUGUGAUUUAUCAGUAUACGAUCGAGAGACACUGGCGAUCUUUAAAUGAAGAAACUGGUGGCAUGAAUGACGUCAUGUACAGACUGUACACCAUAACAGGAGAUAGCAACCAUUUAUUGUUGGCUCAUCUUUUUGACAAACCCUGCUUUCUUGGACUCUUGGCUAUAAAGGCUGAUGAUUUAUCUGGUUUUCAUGCGAAUACGCAUAUUCCAAUUGUUAUUGGAUCACAAAUGCGGUAUGAAGUUACUGGUGACCCUCUCUACAAGGAAAUUGGAAUGUUUUUCAUGGAUGCUGUGAACUCUUCUCACAUGUAUGCUACAGGAGGGACAUCGGUUAGUGAGUUCUGGUCGGAACCUAAAAGACUAGCUUCAACGUUACAAACGGAGAAUGAGGAAUCGUGUACCACUUAUAACAUGUUGAAGGUGUCUCGUAAUUUGUUUAGAUGGACAAAAGAAAUGGCGUAUGCAGAUUAUUAUGAGCGAGCAUUGACUAAUGGAGUUCUUAGCAUUCAAAGAGGGAAAGAACCCGGAAUCAUGAUAUAUAUGUUACCAUUAGGCACCGGGGUAUCAAAAGCAACAGGAUACCAUAAAUGGGGAUCCAAGUUUAAUGAUUUUUGGUGCUGUUAUGGAACAGGGAUCGAAUCGUUCUCGAAAUUAGGUGAUUCGAUAUACUUUGAAGAAGCAGGAAACAAUCCCGGGAUUUAUAUCAUUCAGUAUAUAUCAAGCUCAUUUAAUUGGAAAAAUGGUCAAAUUUUUAUUAAUCAAAAAGUAACGCCAGUUGUUUCAUGGGAUCCUUACCUUCGUGCAACAAUCACAAUCUCCUCGAAGAAGGAAGGAUCAUCAUCUAGCAUGAAUAUUAGAAUACCAUCUUGGACAACAUCAAAUGUAAAAGCAUCACUCAAUGAUCAAGUGAUUCCUGUAACACCUGCAGGUAAUUUCUUAUCAGUCACGAAAAUGUGGAGCUCCUCUGACGUUAUUACCCUUAAAUUUCCAAUAACCCUUAGAAUGGAGGCUAUUCAAGAUGAGCGAUCUGAUUAUGCUUCUCUUCAAGCAAUCUUAUAUGGUCCCUACUUGCUAGUUGGCUUGACCACUGGUGAUUCCGACCUAAAACCGGAAUCAGGUUCUCUUUCCAAAUGGAUCACUCCAAUUCCGGCGGAAUACAAUUCCCAUCUCAUUACUCUUUCUCAAGAAACCGCAAAUUCAACCCUCACCCUUUCACACACAAACACCGGCAUCACAACGGUGAAGUUCCCCAACCCCGGAACUAGCGAUUCCGUCUUCUCAACAUUUAGAAUCAUCUUAGCAAACUCAACUUCAAGUCAGUUUUCAUCAUAUAAGGAUGCCAUCGGUAAAACCAUCAUGCUGGAGCCAUACAACCUCCCCGGGAUGUUAAUUGUACAACAAGGAAAAGAAAAAAGUCUCGGAAUCAGCGGUUCCUCCGAACCCCGGAAUUCGUUAUUCCGGUUGGUGGAGGGAAAUGAAGGAACGGUUAGAUUAGAGUCUGAUAGCCAGAAGGGUUGCUUUGUGUAUAAUUCGGAUGGAAACGUGAAGCUCAGCUGUGAUUCUGGUGAACAGGAUUCCGACUUUAUGGGAGCAACUAGUUUUAAGGCGAACGGGGGAAUCAGCAAUUACCAUCCGAUUAGCUUCGUGGCAAAAGGGCUGGAAAUGAAUUUUCUUCUGCAGCCGUUGUUUAGUUUGAGGGAUGAACACUACACAGUUUACUUCAACGUUUAAUCCUAAAGUGUGUUCAAUCCACCCUCUAGUAGUUUAUUUAAAUGGAUUGGAUGGUCUUACCUUUGAUGUCUCUUUGUAGUGUAUACUUGUUCGCUAUGUAUUUAUUUAUGUACAAUGUAAUACCCUCAUUAUAUAAACAUAAAUAUAUCAUAUAAUAUAAAUGUCCAUCGUCAUCAAGCACAAAUAGGAGCAAUUAGCAAAAUUAUGGUUUAAGAACCAAAAAGGGCGAUUUGUAAUUGGAAGCCGAGUAAACUAACC